UGCAGCACUGCUCAGAAGCACCAAGUCAGAGCUGCUUGACAGGUGCUCACUGCAAGGCACUUUGAGUGACAAUAAGUGAUUCUUGUACUCAAGCAGACUGAAAGGACAUUCAGAUUUAGAGAAAUAACUACAAUGGCCAUGAUUCCCAGGCUAAAUUGGCUUUCUUUGCUCCUUUUUGGGAUGCUGGGUUUGGUCACACUUGCUACACAGGCAGAAGAGUCUGAGAAAGCAGUCACAUUUAGCCAUGUGUACAGAAUUGACUCUGGUUGUAAGCAGGACUUGCAGGCAGUUUUGCCUUCAAAGGACCAAGCAACAGAGGGUCAGGCCAUGCUGGUGGAUGGGGAGAAAGACAUUGUAUUCAAGCACAACAUUAAGCUUCCAUUAUCUACCUGCAACUGUGCUGAUUCAGAAGAAUUUAAGGCCCUGUUAUACCGUGUCAAUGGUUUGGAAGAAGAGGUCACCUACCUGAAGUCCCAGUGUGCUCAAGGCUGCUGCAGAGGAAGUUCAGAUGUGGACACAAGCUGUAGUGGCCAUGGUGUAUACCAGCACAGCACCUGCAGCUGUAAAUGUGAUGCAGGCUGGGAGGGUCCAGACUGCUCCAUGUCCACCUGUCCGGAUAAUUGUAAUGAUAAUGGAUACUGUGUAGAUGGACAAUGCAAAUGUCAUGCUGGUUACACUGGCCAUGACUGUGGCCUGCUCACAUGUCCUGAUGAAUGCAAUGACAAGGGCCACUGUGUGGAUGGCAAGUGUAUGUGCUUUGAGGGCUUCUCUGGAGACACCUGUAGCAUGCAGAAAUGCUUAAAUGAUUGCAAAGAUCAUGGACGCUGCAUCAAUGGACAAUGUGUCUGUGAUGAGGGCUUUUUCGGAAAUGAUUGCUCUACAGUACUGGGUCCAAAAAGACUGCGUGUGAUCACAGUGACUGAUGUGUCUCUGCUUGUGGAGUGGGAACAUGUAAAGAAAGCCGAGUAUUACCUGCUCUCCUACUAUCCUUAUGGAAACGAGGGGGCAAUUCAGGAGAUCCAUCUUCCAAACACUGAAAAUUCCUACCUGAUCACCAGACUCAAACCAGGGGUUACAUAUAUCGUGCAAGUUUUGGCUGUCAUCAAGGGCAUCAGGAGUGAAUCAGACCACAUCAAUGCCACAACAGAUUUGUCUAGUGUAGAAGAUGUUCGGGUGCUUGGACAGACAGAGGACUCUAUCCAGGUGGACUGGCAGAACCCAGAGACAGAGGUGGAUUACUUUAAACUAAGUCAUGCCAGUCCAGGUGGCCAACAGAAACUGGAAAAUGUAGCUAAGAGCCAGGAAGCUAGAACUGUGCACACCAUUAUAGGUCUUAACCCAGGUACAGAGUACCAGAUAACAGUGCAAGCCAUCCAAGGAAGCAAUGCAGGCAAACCAUCUCAGGCCACUGGAGUCACAGACAUAGAUAUUCCAAAUAAACUGAUCACUAGGGAUGUAACCGAGACCACAGUGACUGUGAUGUGGGAGAAGGUCCGUGCUGAAAUUGAUGGCUACAUACUGACCUAUAGCUCUGCUGAAGGCUCCAGCCAGGAGAUCCAAGUUGGAGCAGAUGCUACUUCUUACCAGUUCACAUCACUGAAACCUGGGGUUCUGUACACCAUCUUCAUCUGGGCCUACAAGGGUUCUCAUUUAAGCAGAAAGAGCUCUACUGAGGCUGAAACAGAACUAGAUACACCUAUUAACCUUUUGGUCAAAGAAGUGACAGAGGACUCGGCAGUCUUGUCAUGGGACAGAGCUCAAGCAGAAGUAGAUGGCUACAUACUGAGCUACAGCUCUGCUGAUGGCUCCAGAAAUGAUGUGCGAGUUGGAGCAGAGAGCACUUCCUACCAGUUCACUGGUCUGAGGCCAGGAGUUGCGUAUACAAUCUACAUCUGGGCCAUCAAGGGUUCUCGCUCCAGCAGAAAAGCUACAACAGUUACUGAGACAGAAAUUGAUGCUCCAAAGAAUUUAAAAGCAGUUGAUGUUAAGAGGGAAACCGUAGCUCUCACCUGGAAACCUCCACAGGCCCACAUUGAUGGCUACAUUCUUAAUUACAGUCCUGAAGACAGUAGCAUGCAGUCAGUUGAGAAGAGAUUUCCUGCAGGAGAUACCAGAUUUAGUCUCGCUGGUUUGGCCUCAGAAAAGAAAUAUAUUGUCACUCUGAUUGCCUAUAGAGCCUCAAAGAAGAGUAAAGUGGUGGAGACCAUGUUUGUCACUGUAGGAGCAGCCUACCCCUUCCCUAUGGACUGCACACAGAUCAUGAAGAAUGGAAACAUGAACAGCGGUGUUUACACUAUCUACGUGACCAAUGAUCGAAAUAAGCCCAUGCAGGUGUAUUGUGACAUGACCACAGAUGGUGGUGGCUGGAUUGUCUUUCAGAGACGUAACACAGGCAAGCUAGACUUCAUGAAGCGCUGGAGACAAUACACGGAAGGCUUUGGGGAACUAAAUGAUGAAUUCUGGCUCGGCCUGGAGAACAUUCAUGCACUGACCAACACAAGCACAAAAUAUGAAGUGCGCUUUGAUCUAGGCCUGGGAAGUGAACGCGCUUACGCUGUCUAUAAUGACUUCAAAGUAGGAUCAGCCAAGCAGAAAUUUAAGCUCACUAUUGGUAAUUACAGAGGAAAUGCAGGUGAUGCUAUGACCUACCACCAGGGCAGAUCUUUUACUACUAUAGACUCAGACAAUGAUAUUGCCCUGGGUAAUUGUGCCUUCACACACCGUGGAGCCUGGUGGUACAAAAAUUGCCACUUAGCCAACUUAAAUGGCAAAUUUGAGGACAACAGACACAGCAUGGGUGUAAACUGGGAGCCAUGGAAGGGCCACCUCAUGUCACUGGAUUUUACAGAGAUUAAGAUCCGUUCAGUGAAUACAGCUAGCCGGAAGAAGAGAUCACUGAAAAGAAAAGUAGCUGCCUAAUGAUUAAUACACUGCAUAGCGAAAAAAACUAGAAAUUCGGAUUAAUCAUAAUAUCAUCUAUUAUCUCAUUUAAAGUUAUAUGGGUGACAACUGACCUUUACAGAUUACAGAUAUUGAAAAAGAUACAAAUAUAGUUAUAACUGAAUAGCUUUAUCUUACAGAAAUGUCCAUAUGUUAAAUAUAAAU